CUCGGGUCAUCCGAGGUGGAAAUCAGCACAGGUUGCAGUUGGAGGGACGCGGAGUGGACGAGGAGAGGGAGCCGAGGAGCGGUGUCUUCUCGAGAAGCGCGAGAAGUGAGUUAGAAACUCCCUCCUCGCCUGGGAUCCCUCCGCCUGCAGUUGCGGUGGUGAGGCCGAGGGAGCCGCCAUUUUGGAUGUUCGGUUCCUGCUGCCACUGCCGCCGCCGCCCCCGAAGCUGCUGGUUUCAUUCGAGGUUUCGGGCCGAGGAUGCCAGCCCCCAUCAGACUGCGGGAGCUGAUCCGGACCAUCCGGACAGCCCGAACCCAAGCUGAGGAACGAGAAAUGAUUCAGAAAGAAUGUGCUGCAAUCCGGUCAUCAUUUAGAGAAGAAGACAAUACAUACCGGUGUCGGAAUGUGGCAAAGUUACUAUAUAUGCACAUGCUGGGCUACCCUGCUCACUUUGGACAGUUGGAGUGCCUCAAGCUAAUCGCCUCACAAAAAUUCACAGACAAACGCAUUGGCUAUUUAGGAGCAAUGCUGUUAUUAGAUGAAAGACAAGAUGUGCAUCUUCUCAUGACCAAUUGUAUCAAGAAUGAUCUUAAUCAUAGCACGCAGUUUGUGCAGGGGCUAGCACUUUGUACCCUCGGCUGCAUGGGCUCCUCAGAGAUGUGCAGAGAUCUUGCAGGAGAGGUAGAGAAGCUUCUGAAAACCUCCAACUCUUACUUAAGGAAAAAGGUAACUUUGUGUGAUCAUGAGCAGUUCCUCACUGACUUUUAUACUAAUAACUGGCACAUGGACUCAUGUCUUUGUACUCGUGCCUUUGUGUCCAGAUGUGUCCUUCACACGUCUGUAGUCCUCCUCACAGAGAUGUGUGAACGGAGCCCAGACAUGCUCGCACAUUUCAGAAAGCUUGUGCCCCAGUUAGUUCGUAUUCUAAAGAACCUCAUCAUGUCCGGAUACUCCCCAGAACAUGAUGUUUCUGGUAUCAGUGAUCCCUUUUUGCAGGUACGAAUUUUGCGGUUAUUAAGAAUUUUAGGACGGAAUGAUGAUGAUUCAAGCGAAGCUAUGAAUGAUAUAUUAGCACAGGUUGCCACUAAUACAGAGACUAGUAAAAAUGUAGGAAAUGCUAUUCUAUAUGAAACGGUUUUGACUAUCAUGGAUAUUAAAUCAGAGAGUGGAUUGCGAGUUCUAGCCAUAAAUAUUCUUGGUCGAUUCUUACUGAACAAUGACAAAAAUAUUAGAUAUGUUGCUCUGACAUCUCUGUUGAAGACUGUGCAGACAGAUCAUAAUGCUGUACAGAGACACAGAAGCACAAUUGUGGACUGUCUAAAAGAUCUGGAUGUCUCUAUAAAAAGACGUGCAAUGGAAUUGAGUUUUGCCCUGGUGAAUGGGAAUAAUAUCCGAGGCAUGAUGAAGGAGUUACUUUAUUUUCUGGAUUCCUGUGAGCCAGAAUUUAAAGCCGAUUGUGCAUCUGGAAUCUUCCUUGCUGCAGAAAAGUACGCACCUUCCAAACGGUGGCAUAUAGAUACAAUUAUGCGUGUCUUGACAACGGCAGGAAGUUACGUUCGUGAUGAUGCCGUUCCCAACUUGAUUCAGUUAAUAACCAACAGUGUGGAGAUGCACGCUUACACCGUCCAGCGCCUGUACAAGGCAAUUCUCGGUGAUUAUUCUCAACAACCCUUGGUACAAGUGGCUGCGUGGUGUAUAGGUGAAUAUGGAGAUCUUCUUGUGUCUGGCCAGUGUGAAGAGGAAGAGCCUAUUCAGGUGACAGAAGAUGAAGUGCUGGAUAUUUUAGAAAGUGUCCUGAUCUCUAAUAUGUCCACCUCUGUGACAAGAGGUUAUGCUCUCACUGCCAUUAUGAAGCUGUCUACUCGAUUCACCUGUACUGUAAACCGGAUUAAGAAAGUGGUUUCCAUCUACGGGAGCAGCAUCGAUGUAGAGCUCCAGCAGAGGGCAGUAGAGUACAACGCACUCUUUAAGAAGUAUGACCACAUGAGGUCUGCCCUACUUGAGAGAAUGCCUGUCAUGGAAAAAGUGACCACAAAUGGCCCUUCUGAGAUUGUGCAGACAAAUGGAGAGACAGAACCAGCUCCACUAGAGACUAAACCACCACCCUCUGGGCCACAACCCACCAGCCAGGCCAAUGAUCUGUUGGAUUUGUUGGGAGGAAAUGACAUAACACCUGUCAUUCCAACUGCACCGACAAGCAAACCAGCAUCUGCUGGUGGAGAACUUCUUGACUUGCUGGGAGACAUCACCCUUACAGGUGCUCCAGCUGCUGCUCCUACCCCUGCCUCAGUGCCACAGAUAUCCCAGCCCCCCUUCUUGUUGGAUGGGCUUUCGUCACAGCCUCUCUUCAAUGACAUCGCUCCAGGCAUCCCCUCCAUCACAGCGUACAGUAAGAACGGCUUGAAGAUAGAAUUCACCUUUGAACGGUCAAACACCAACCCCAGUGUAACAGUGAUAACGAUACAGGCCUCUAACAGCACAGAGCUAGACAUGACGGACUUUGUUUUCCAGGCUGCAGUACCAAAGACAUUCCAGCUGCAGCUCCUGUCUCCUAGCAGCAGCGUUGUCCCAGCAUUUAAUACAGGGACCAUCACACAAGUCAUUAAAGUUCUGAACCCACAGAAGCAACAGCUGCGAAUGCGGAUCAAGCUCACAUAUAAUCACAAGGGCUCAGCAAUGCAAGAUCUAGCAGAAGUGAACAAUUUCCCCCCUCAGUCCUGGCAAUGAGGGUGCAGCACCAUUCUCAUUCUUACCCCACUCAAUCAAAGGAAUUCUGGGAAGGAGGUUGUGAUUGCUGGCAAGUCCCCCCAACUGUACCAUGGGCGCGAGGAGCUGAGAGAACUGUUGAGGAGGGUUUUCCUCAAGUUACUGCUGACCUUGAAGCAUCAGUAAAGACUAAUGUCCUCUCCUCCGCUGUUGAGGUUGGCUGCUUCUCGAGGCUACUUUGCACUCUUCCUCCUCUUCUCCCUUUUCUGCACUUCACCCCUCCCACAUUUGCAGCCAGAAUCAACAUUCUCUGGGCCACUGAGGCAACCAGCAGCUGGCCUGGAGGAGAGGACUGGAAUUCACGGCAAGAAAACACUCACUCGGUCUCUGCAGCAAAGAGUGGCCCCUACUUUCUACUGUUGUAUCUCUGUGGACUGGGCAAGGUGGGGUGUUUAUUCCUCACUAGCUGGUUACCAUCAUAAGGCGCUUUUGACGUCAGGCAUUUGGAAUGGAAUUGUAACAAUGGACAUAAGGGAGCCCUGCCCUUUUCUGCUGGUUCUCCCAAUGUUUGAAAGAGGUGUUAGGCUCCUGGAGCCUUUUCUGUGCAUUGCUGUAUACACACAGACACACAUGUAUGUAUGUUUGUUAUAUUAAAAAAAGCUGGUUAGAGCUUGAGAGGUUGUUUGUAAACACUGGACAGAUACAGUUCAAAGAGCUUUUGUGGAGAUUUGGCAUGAAGGAUAUGGUGCUCUAUUUGUAAUAGAAACUUCCAAGGCUCUUCCAGCUCCCCUUUCUCUCCAUUCUUUAGCUGUAGUCAUGAGUUCUCUCUCCAUGAUUUUCAAGAUCAAUUUCCAUUAAAUUGCAAAGUGGACACUUUCUAAAAGACACAUGAAUAGUUAUCAGUGAUCCUAUUCCCCCCCACAGUCUCUCUCCCAAGCCUGUCACUUGCCUGUUUGAGCUGUGGUAAGUGGGUCAAAAGAAGAGUUCAGUCUUAAGGAGCAGACCCCGUCACAAAACACCAUGGCCCAUAGGAAGAGCAGUACUAAACUCAAAUCUGGAGCACACUGGAGUCGGCUUAUCCAUUGCUCCAAUCCUCCCUUUUAAUUUCCUGAGCCUGGCUUGGACCUUGGCAUUCCGUUUGAAUUCCUUCUUCUAACUGGAACAUUUCUGUUGUAUCUGUAACACUGGCACUGAAAUAAAGACCACACGGUUAAAGAAGUCGUUCCUACAUUGUACUUUAUGGUGUUGAGAUGAAGCCUUGUAGCUUCCUUGCCCCCUGUGUGAGAGAGAGCAAGUCUAUGGUCACCAUAGGGUAGGAAUAUCCUUUCCUGACUAGGAGAAAUUGGUCUCUUAAGAAACCAAUCUCACGAACAUUUGCAUUAAAGGUUUGAGCUUUUUAAACAGUAAGAGUGCCGAGUGUUUUUUAGAAAAGAUCCCGAUGUUACCAAAUCUUUGUGUUGACUUGCUGGAAGGAGGUGAAGGUGAUUGUCUGUGGUACACGUUGAAUGUACUAUGUAUGUUCAGGUAUUCAGGCAUCAUGUCCAGUUUACUGCAGGAGAAAAAAAAGCGGGGGUGGGGGGGUCCUCCUUGCUUGUAAAGCGUUUGCAGUUGUUACUGUAUUAUGCAGUAAAGUAACACUUUGGCUUCAGUUGAUACAAAUCUCCUUUUCUCCCUGCUCCAUUUCACCACGCCUUUACUUAAAAUCUUCAGUGUCUUGUUGAAGCUAGCUCUGUAUCAGACGCUAGACGACUCCUAACAGCGACAAACUGGAGUUGAACUAAAGGCUCCAAAAGGGAAAGCUUCUGGUCUUAAUAGUCUUUCAAGAGCAAGAUUUACUGAAACGUACUUGACUGGGUAAAUGGACAGCUGAGUUACAAACAGGAUAGUUCUCCUGUAUUCAGCAAAACAGGUGUGGACAAGUGCAGACUUUUAGACAGCCGCUCUGUGCAGUGAAAGCCUUUAGGAUUUCCUGCAGACAGAUUUCAUUGGAUGGAUAUUUAAUGCUGUGAAACGUGAUAGGAUUAAUGCUGUAUUGGUGGAUUUCUUGAAUAGAAUUUGUCUUAACAUUCCUUUUUGUGUGGAGGCUUUAUUUUCUCCCUUACAUUUGUAGCUAACCAGCUCAGGUUUUUGGUUGAUUUUUGUUGUUGUUGUUGAAUUGAGUUGAAUCUGAAGAAAUCUGCUCAAGACCAAGUGCUAGCCGAUGGAGCUGGAAAGAUCUCCUCUGCUGACAGAGCAUCUGCCUGGGUGAUGAGUUUUGAGGUAGCAUUUACGAUCCAUCGUCCAUGGCUUUAUCGAGAAGGAAUCAAAAUAUCAUGGCCUUAACACAAAGGGUGCUGUGUAGAUACAGAUUUCAUUUGGGAGACGACCUGAGCACCAUACUGACGGACUAGCAGCCAAAUACCUGCCUAGGAUGCUGAUGGUUGUGAAGACGGUCCCAAGUGAUUGGAUCUUUGAAAGCUUCAGCGUGCCUUCUUAGUUUCUAGGAUCAGCAUUAGUUCUCUUCUCACUUGGCCUUGCAGCUUAAAGGAGAAAUCUCUGCGUUUCUGUGACUACUCACGCAUUUCAGUCAUUCCUUUUCCACAUGUAGCCGUUCAAGAGGAAACAGAUUUGGAUGCAUUUGACAACCUCAGAGCCAUUGUGAAGAGAGGGAUUUCUGUGACUUUCGAAUAAACCCAAGGUGAUAAGUAGUGAGCCCCACUUACUGACAGUUUUACACGCACUCGUACCUCAUUAGCGUCGCCUUCUUUGAGGAGUAGUUUUUAUGUCAUCCCUCUUUCCCAUCCCAGAGUCAUCCUAAGGGAGAAUUCCUCUAAGUAAUCUCAGACAACUGUAGAUGUUUCUCCCACAAUGCUUUGGUGCUGUUACCUUGAGAUGGUUUAGGAAGUCAUGGAAGUUUUCUCCUGCGUAUGUCAUCAUCUGUUAAACUUCGAGGUCUUUUUUCAUUUAAAGCAACAUUCCUCAGUGUAACAGUACAGGUAUUCCUUGCUUAGUUACUGGUGUGGUUCUUAACCUUUGUGUGUCUCCCUCAUAUAUGAAAAUAGACUUUUAAAACUGUCCAGCACUAAUAGUUUGAAAAUUUCCAUCUCCUAUAUAACAUGCUUUCCAUUUCUAUGUCCUUUUAGAAAAUAUUGGAAGUUAGGAAUUACCCCUUUUGUGGUUCAACUUUAUUUUCUUCUACAUUGGAAAAUAUUUCACCCGUGAGAACUUGGGGAAGGAGGAGUUUGAAUGUGUAUUUUUUUUUCCUACUGAAUGUAUUUUAACUACGGUGUCCUAAACUGAGAGAGAACAACAACAACAAAAAAUGCAUACUCACAAACUUUGUGGUUGGGAGGGCUGUAUAUGCUGGAGUAUUUGUCAGUCUGGGUGUGGGGGAAGAGAGAAUUGCACAGGAAGUUCUGAAGUUUAAAAUACUUCUGACCAGUUUUGGCUCUGGAGGGUGGGGCUGUUUGUGGAACUGAAAGUGAAAACCCUUUUCAAGCAAUAGCAGUGAGUGGGUCCCAUGGACAAGGUUCCAUUCCCAGAUCCUGGAACUCUUUAAACAGAAGAAAAUGCUGAAGCGGCUGGAAGCAGCUUGAGCAGUUGCUUCUUGAUCCUGGCUUCAAGACAGAGCAUUGGAGACUUUUUUCCCCUUAAGAACCUGCAUUUGCGCUUUGUGUGUUUUGUUUUUAUUCUUAUUUGGGGACCUCAUGGGAGAGGGCUUCUGCACUCCUUCCUUUGUGAACCCCACUGUGUUCCUGUAUCGUCCUUCUCCUUUUACUAUGUUGUAAGUUACGUUUUCAUUAGGCCCCAUCACAUCUUCUUUACUGUAAAAUUAUUAAAAGGCUGUUUCCAAGUGGGGCAGCUAAUGAAGUUCUAAUUAUUGCAGACAUAUUUUUGAGAUGUAAAAAAAUUUAAAGUGAAAUGAUAAGUCUUGAAGGCGAGUGAGGAAUAAAACGGAUGUAAACAUUUACAUGGGAUGCAUUCGGAUUCUGCUGUGUGUAUUGUCUUUUGGUUGAAACAAAUUAUGAACAGUGACUAAUAAUAAAAAGUCAAUACUCAAUGAUUUCAA